GGGCCUCGGGCCUGGGCCGUGGGCGAGCCGGGGAGAGGCCCCGAGGUGUGGGAGUCCGUCCCGAGGCGGCAGUGGCGGCUCCUGGACGCUCCUUCCCAUUUUCUUUCCUUUCCCCCUAGUCUUCUCAGUGUGAUUUUCUUGUGUCACAACAUGGCUUUGAGUCAUAAAGGAGGAUGAUAGGCAGUUGAUCCUCACUUUUCACAGGUUCGACAUUUGUGAAUUCUGCUCGCUAGAAUUUAUUUAUAACCCCAAGGUAAUUCCCUGCAGAACCUGUGCAUUUGUUCAUGGACACACGCACUGUGGCGAAAGAUAGGAGUCUCCUGAUGCGCGUGCUCCAAGCUGAGGUCAAGCAAGACUCCGUUUUUUUGCUAAGAUUGACUUUGCCUCAGCAUCAACAAACUCUUCAUCUAAGAUUGGUUCCUGUGUGUCAUAUAUUUACAAGUCAGUGGAAAUUACAAGUCAGCACAUACAAGCUGAAAAGCCAAAUAAGGAAAUGUAAUCCUUCCCUUGACAGUUCUAAUUUAACUUGGCUAAAGCCAGUUUUUAGGUUGACUUGGGCAGAAAAGUGAAAAGAGAAUGCUCCACUUUAACCGGUGUCCGCAUCUGAAACAAAUAGCCCAGAAAUGUUUUCCUAGUGUACAUGUUAGAACGGAUAAACAUGUGCAGCUGUUUCUUUCAAGAACCUUUGCACUUGCAGAAUUCAGGAAGUCAUGGCACUCAACCCACUCUCUUGUCGGAGACAAAAAUAUUAUCCUGAUGGGACCUCCUGGUGCUGGGAAAACAACAGUAGGCAGAAUAAUAGGUCAGAAACUAGGUUGUUGUGUCAUAGACGUGGAUGAUGAUAUCCUUGAAAAAACCUGGAAUAUGAGUGUGUCUGAAAAAUUACAGGAUGUUGGUAAUGAGCAAUUUUUAGAAGAGGAAGGAAAAGCUGUGUUAAACUUCUCUGCAUCUGGAAGUGUGAUUUCCCUUACUGGGUCCAAUCCAAUGCAUGAUGCUAGCAUGUGGCAUCUGAAGAAAAAUGGGAUAAUUGUAUACCUGGACGUACCUCUAAUAGAUCUAGUCAGUCGUUUAAAAUUCAUGAAAGUAGAUAGGAUUGUAGGUCAGAAUGCUGGCACAUCUAUGAAAGACUUACUUAAAUUUAGAAGACAGUAUUAUAAGAAAUGGUACGAUACCCGUGUUUUUUGUGAAAGUGGGGCUUCCCCAGAGGAGGUAGCUGACAAAGUGCUUAAUGCAGUUAAAAGAUACCAAGAUGUGGACUCAGAAACGUUCAUUUCAACAAGACACAAUUGGCCUAAAGACUGCAAGCAGAAGGUCUCAACAAAAUUCUUUAGUGAAGCAGUGAUUGAGGGGUUAGCUUCUGAUGGUGGACUCUUCGUUCCUGAGAAGGAGUUUCCAAAAUUAAACUGUAGGGAGUGGAAAAGCCUAGUAGGAGCAACCUACAUAGAAAGAGCACAAAUACUAUUGGAAAAGUGUAUACAUCCUGCUGACAUACCUGCUGCCAGAUUGGGAGAAAUGAUUGAAACUGCUUAUGGGGAAAACUUUGCCUGCUCAAAAAUCGCCCCUGUCAGGCACCUUUCAGGCAACCAGUUCAUCCUGGAGCUGUUCCAUGGACCAACAGGAUCAUUUAAAGAUUUGUCUUUACAGCUUCUGCCUCAUCUGUUUGCACACUGUAUUCCACCAAGCUGCAAUUAUAUGAUACUUGUAGCUACGUCAGGAGACACGGGCAGCGCAGUCUUAAAUGGUUUUAGUCGUAUUAAUAAGAAUCACAAGCAAAGAAUAGCCGUGGCCACAUUUUUCCCUGAAAAUGGAGUAAGUGAUUUUCAAAAAGCACAAAUAAUUGGCAGCCAGAAAGAAAAUGGGUGGGCAGUGGGUGUCAAGUCAGAUUUUGAUUUUUGCCAGACAGCUAUAAAAAGAAUUUUUAAAGAUUCUGACUUUACUGGCUUUCUUAUUAUGGAACAUGGAACUAUCUUAAGUUCAGCUAAUUCCAUCAACUGGGGCCGACUGCUUCCCCAAGUAGUUUAUCAUGCUUCUGCAUAUCUUGAUCUUGUUAGCCAAGGAUUUAUUUCUUUUGGAAGCCCAGUGGAUGUCUGUAUUCCCACAGGAAACUUUGGUAACAUUUUAGCAGCAGUGUAUGCCAAAAUGAUGGGAAUCCCUAUUCGAAAAUUUAUUUGUGCCUCUAAUCAGAACCAUGUUCUGACUGAUUUUAUAAAAACAGGACAUUAUGAUCUGAGGGAAAGAAAAAUAACUCCUACCUUUUCACCAUCAAUAGAUAUUCUUAAAGCUUCAAACCUGGAACGACAUUUACACAUGAUGGCUAAUAAAGAUGGAGGGUUAAUGGCAAAAUUAUUUAAUCAACUAGAAGAGCAGCAGCACUUCCAGAUAGACAAGAUGCUAGUCGAGAAACUUCAGCAGGAUUUUGUAGCCGACUGGUGCUCUGAGAGAGAGUGCCUUGCAGCUAUUCAUUCCACCUACAGUACUUCAGGGUAUAUUCUGGAUCCACACACUGCGGUUGCAAAAGUGGUUGCGGACAGAAUGCAAGACAAAACUUGCCCAGUGAUUGUCUCAUCUACAGCUCAUUACUCAAAGUUUGCACCUGCUAUCAUGCAGGCUUUAAAGAUUAAAGAAAUCAACCAUACUUCAUCAAGUCAGCUUUAUUUACUGAGUUCAUACAACGCAUUACCUCCACCUCAUGAAGCUUUAUUAGAAAGAAUGAAGCAGCAAGAGAAGAUGGAGUACCAGGUCUGUGCAGCUGAUGUGGACGUCCUAAAGAAUCAUGUGGAAAAACUAAUACAAAAUCAAUUCAUAUAAAAAUGUUUUGAGUAAAAUAUUUUUUUCUGGUGAUAAGCAUGCGAUAAUAAAUCACAAACAUUGA